UAUAUGUACAAGAUGGGGAGAGUUGCCCGCGGGGGGUUAGAAGGAACGGCGCAGCUAGGUUGCUCUGUUUUCCAGGCUCCUGCCAUCGCAUCAACGACGACAUCGUUGUGAUCGACGCUACAAAGACGCCCGACUCGACUCGGUGGACUCUUCUGCUUGGCCCGAGUCGUGCGGCCACAGCGUCAUCAUCCUUGGUCCGACCUUGGCCGCUGCCCAAACACUCGGGAACGUCGACAAAUAAAACUUUCCGCAUCCCCCGGGUCGGACAUUCAGACACAGCGCGACGAGCGCGAAGCGACAGCACUUUUCUUUAUUUUUUCGCAAUUUUACUCCGCUCUCACAGCUGGUGAUGCCUUUUAGACGCGUUUUGGCCGCGGCACUACUGUGCCAUGGCGUCAUAGCCGGACCAUCAGGGCCCGUGGCGGACCAAACCCAAGUUGUAGCGCACUCUGCCCCGCGAAAGCUACACGGCAGGUUCCUGCAUAUUACAGACAUCCAUCCGGACGAGUACUACAAAGUGCACUCGUCCACCGACGAAGAUGAUGGCUGCCACAGGGGCAGAGGCCCCGCGGGCCCUUACGGCGCCGAAACAUCCGAUUGCGACAGCCCCUUCUCUCUCGUGAACGCGACAUUCGACUGGAUCGACGCGAACAUCAAAGAUAGUAUCGACUUCGUCGUCUGGACCGGCGACAGCGCGCGCCACGAUCGCGACGAGGAGCUGCCCCGCAAUCCCGACCAGGUCCUCGGCACCAACAGGUGGAUCGCUGACAAGUUCGUCGAUAUGCUUUCCGACAAGGGCGACAAGGGAAUGAACAUCCCAGUCGUGCCGAACUUUGGGAACAACGACAUCCUCCCGCACAACAUCCUCCUGCCGGGGCCCAACAAGUGGCUCCAGCACUACUCGCACAUCUGGCGCCAUUUCAUCCCGGAGGAGCAGCGCCACAGUUUCGAGUACGGGGGGUGGUUCCACGUCGAGGUCAUCCCAAACAAGCUGGCCGUGUUCAGUUUGAAUACGCUGUACCUUUUCGACCGCAAUGCCGGUGUCGACGGCUGCGCGAGCCCCUCGGAGCCGGGGUACAAGCAGAUGGAGUGGUUGAGGGUGCAGCUGCAGUUCAUGCGGGAGCGGGGCAUGAAGGCGAUCCUGAUCGGGCACGUUCCGCCGGCUAGGACGGACAGCAAGAUGCUGUGGGACGAGACGUGCUGGCAAAAGUACUCGCUCUGGAUGCACCAAUUCCGGGACGUCGUGGUGGUCGGCCUGUACGGGCACAUGAACAUCGACCACUUCAUAAUCCACGACAAGGACGAGAUCAACAUUGCUGAGCUGGAGGGGUCCGAGUUCGGGACCCGCGAGGCGAUGGAUGAUGAGCUGUCCACGCAGUCUGCGUCGGACUACCUGAUGGAGUUGCGCUCCGACUGGGCCAAGCUCGCGCCGCCUCCCACAUCCGGCAAAGACGUCAACGACGAGGGCAAACGGAAGAAGGGCAAAAAACGCAAGGACCCCUGGGGCGAGCGGUACCACUUGUCUAUGGUUAGCCCCAGCGUCGUGCCAACCUACUUUCCCACUCUGCGGGUGUUUGAAUACAACAUCACGGGCCUCGAAGACACGCCUCUCUGGCGGGAAGCGCUGCAAGAGAGUACCCAAAGUACCGCGAACACGCCCCAAAAACACCUCGAACUCCGCCAGUCCCCUCCCUCACCCGACGACUCCGACCUCGACCUCGACUUCGAAACCGACGACUCCAUCACCGCCACCAAAAAGAAAAACAAGAAAAACAAAAAGAAGAAGCACGGCAAACCCAAAAACCCCCCUCCCAAACACGACGACCCCAACCUCCACAUCCCCCUCCCCCCCUCCAAAUCCACCCCCCCAGGGCCCGCCUACUCAAUCCAACCGCUCACCCUGACCGGGUACACCCAGUACUACGCCAACCUCACCCACAUCAACAACCUCAACCUAACCGGCGCAGCCGCCACCUCUGACGCCAACGAAAAGGGCGAGGAUAGCGGCAGCUGGUGGGGAUCGAACUCGGACUGGGAGCUGGAAUGGGACGGCUGGCUGCUGCGCUGGCGCAAGGGCAAGCACGGCGGCCGGAAGCCGACGCCGCGGCCCGCGCCGCCAAGGGAGUUUGCGUACGAGGUCGAGUAUUCGACGUUUGAGGACAAGAUUUAUCGGUUGGGGGAUCUGACGGUGAAUUCCAUGGUGGGGUUGGCGGUGAGGAUGGGCAGGCCGGCGGGGGGGAAGGGGGUGGUUGAUACAUCAACUACUGGGGGUGGUGGGGAGUGGGAAGAAGGGGAGGAUGAGGUUUGUGAUAAUGAAGACGAUGAUUAUGAGGGUGAUGAGGAUGAUGAGGAUGAUGAGGAUGAUGACGAUAGUAGUGAUGACGAUGGGGAGGUGGAAACUGAGAAAAAGAAGAAGAAAGGGAAGAAAGGCAAGGGGAAGAAGGGCAAGAAGAGGAAGCAGAACAAGACGUGGUUGCACUUUUUGAGGCACGCGUUUGUUGGGACUCUGGAGAAGGAUGAUCUCGAGAAUUUUUCUUGAAUUGGUUAAGGCGGGGGGGGGCACUUUUAGGCUUUUGCAUUGCGCUGGUUAUAUGGUUAUAGGAGCGGUGGAUAUUGGAUAUUGGUUAGGCAUUCCUGGCGUUCUGUGUUGGCUUUUGGAUACCUUAGACUCGCUUGCUGGCAAUAGAGCGGUCAUUGUGGCAUUCUUCUUAGUCCACUUCUGGGGGAGUGUGUUGUAGUAUCGGGAGCAGAGCCACUCAAAUUCCUAUAAAUGGUUGUUAUCAACCAAAAGAUUUUGAAC